AGACAAAAUGUCAAUAGAAUAAGUGACCUACCCACCAGAACUUGCCAUGAACCAUUUGGUUGGACCGCCUGAGGGGGAGGUAAGUGAAGAGCCAGCAAAAGGAGCAGUGAACGAGUCAGUGGAGGCUGACCUGGAGCACUCUGAGGUGGAAGAGGAACAGCGGUAUGCAACUCGCUACUCAAGGCAUACAAACAGCAGCCAAGGGGGCCUGUCUGGGCAGGAGGAGGAAGGAAUGUUAGCUCGGUCAGCCAGCACUGAGAGUGGUUUCCACAAUCACACGGAUACUGCAGAAGGGGAUGUGAUAGCCACAGUGGAGGACAGUUAUGACACAGAGAGAGUUCAGGAAAAUGAGGAUGAGAGCGCAUAUGCAGUGCAGUACAGGCCUGAGUCUGAGGAGUACACGGAGAAUGCCGAGGCUGAGCAUGGCGAGGCCAUUCAUAAUCGAACAUUGCCCAAUCACUUACAUUUCCAUUCCAUUGAACACGAGGAAGCCAUGAAUGCAGCCUACUCAGGUUAUGUCUACACACAUCGGCUCUUCCACCGAGGAGAGGAUGAACAGUAUGCUGAGCCUUAUGCCGACUACGGACUGCAGGAACAUGUGUAUGAGGAGAUAGGGGAUACACCAGACCUCGAUGUUAGGGAGGGGAUCCAACAGUAUGAGCGGGAAAGGGAGGAAGACGACAAUUACCGCAAGGAGGCACUUGGUGCCCGCCUUCACCAUUAUGAUGAACGGUCUGAUGGAGAGUCUGACAGCCCUGAGAAGGAGGCAGAGUUUGCACCCUACCCAAGAAUGGAUAGUUACGAACAAGAGGAGGACAUUGAUCAGAUUGUAGCAGAAGUGAAGCAGAGCAUGAGCUCCCAGAGCUUAGACAAGGCAGCUGAAGACAUGCCAGAGGCGGAGCAGAGUUUGGAACAUGGUCAUGCUCUUGCCGGUGGUGGGCAUGAAAGUAAUGGCCAGCUCCCAGCUGGUUCUCGAGUUACACCCAGCUCAGGAGAAUCUGUACAGAGGUACAGCAAGGAAAAGAGAGAUGCAAUUUCACUCGCCAUCAAGGAUAUUAAAGAGGCUAUUGAGGAGGUGAAGACAAGGACCAUCCGUUCUCCUUAUACCCCUGAUGAACCUAAGGAGCCUAUCUGGGUCAUGAGGCAGGACAUCAGUCCAACCAGGGACUCUGACGACCAGAGGCCACUAGAUGGAGAUUCUCCAUCUCCAGAUUCCUCUUCACCUCGGGGUGCUGAAUCGGCAAGUAGGCAACAUCACCAGGAUGUCUGCAGUACAGCAGAGGCCUCCACUAAUAAAGAGUCCAGAAAAAGCUUGGCUUCAUUUCCAACCUAUGUUGAAGUUCCUGGACCUUGUGAUCCUGAAGACUUAAUCGAUGGAAUCAUUUUUGCUGCCAAUUACCUUGGCUCGACUCAACUCCUUUCUGAUAAAACUCCCUCCAAGAAUGUGAGAAUGAUGCAGGCUCAGGAAGCUGUCAGCAGGAUCAAGAUGGCCCAGAAAUUAGCCAAAAGCAGGAAGAAGGCUCCAGAAGGUGAAUCUCAACCCAUGACUGAAGUGGACCUCUUCAUUUCUACACAGAGAAUAAAAGUACUGAAUGCAGACACACAGGAAACCAUGAUGGAUCAUCCCCUGCGGACCAUUUCUUACAUUGCAGAUAUAGGAAAUAUAGUUGUUUUGAUGGCUCGUAGGCGAAUGCCACGGUCUAACUCCCAGGAUAAUGUAGAAGCAUCUCACCCUUCCCAAGAUGGAAAGAGACAGUACAAAAUGAUUUGCCAUGUCUUUGAGUCUGAGGAUGCACAGCUGAUUGCACAGUCCAUAGGUCAAGCAUUUAGUGUGGCCUACCAGGAAUUCCUGAGGGCAAAUGGAAUCAACCCAGAAGACCUUAGCCAGAAGGAAUAUAGUGACUUGCUCAAUACCCAGGACAUGUACAAUGAUGAUCUGAUUCACUUCUCCAAAUCUGAAAAUUGCAAAGACGUUUACAUUGAAAAGCAAAAGGGAGAAAUCCUAGGUGUAGUAAUUGUGGAGUCUGGCUGGGGAUCCAUUUUGCCUACAGUUAUCAUAGCCAACAUGAUGCAUGGAGGACCAGCAGAGAAGUCUGGGAAACUGAAUAUAGGGGACCAGAUCAUGUCAAUCAAUGGGACCAGUUUGGUUGGUUUACCACUCUCAACGUGCCAGAGCAUUAUAAAGGGUUUGAAAAACCAGGCCCGGGUUAAACUGAACAUAGUUAGGUGUCCUCCAGUAACCACAGUCUUGAUAAGGAGACCGGACCUCAGAUAUCAGUUGGGCUUCAGUGUGCAGAAUGGGAUUAUCUGUAGCCUUAUGAGAGGAGGUAUAGCAGAGCGAGGAGGUGUGCGUGUCGGCCAUCGGAUCAUUGAAAUCAAUGGACAGAGUGUUGUAGCAACACCCCAUGAGAAAAUUGUUCACAUUCUCUCAAAUGCUGUUGGUGAGAUUCAUAUGAAGACUAUGCCAGCUGCCAUGUACAGGCUGUUGACUGCGCAAGAGCAACCAGUUUACAUCUAAAGCCGACA